ACUCUAUUUGUGAAUUUUGGUAGGGCUGAACCUAUUUUGUCUCGAAUAAAAGAAGAUCGCACUGUUAUAAUAUCACCAGUAUUUGACAAUAUUCGUUUUGAUGACUUUGAGAUUCUUCAGUAUGCAGUGGCUGCAGAUGGAUUUGACUGGGCACUCUGGUGCCUUUAUGAACCUUUACCACCUGAAUGGUAUGCUCUUAAAGAUGAAACAGCUCCAGUCCGGAGCCCGUCUAUAAUGGGGAUUCUUGCUGCAGAUAGGAAAUUUCUGGGUGAAAUUGGUGUACUGGAUGGUGGCAUGCACAUAUAUGGAGGAGAAAAUGUUGAACUUGGCCUGAGGGCCUGGCAGUGUGGAGGUAAAAUAGAAGUGCUGCCCUGCUCAAGAAUCGCUCAUUUGGAAAGAAAUCACAAGCCUUACUUACCGGACUUAAGCAUCGCGUUGAAACGCAACGCCUUGCGGGUAGCCGAAGUGUGGAUGGAUGACUAUAAGCACAUGGUCUACGUUGCAUGGAAUCUUCCAAUUGAGAAUCCUGGAGUAGACUUUGGAGAUGUUUCUUCCAGAAAAGAGCUAAGGAAAAAACUGAACUGUAAAGGCUUUGACUGGUACAUAAAAAAUGUCUACCCUAAUUUGAUACUUCUUCCUGACAUUGUUGGCUAUGGAACAAUGAAAAACACAUUGAAAGAAGACAUCUGUAUUGAUCAGGGCCCUGUCCCUGGAAACACGCCAAUUAUGUAUCCCUGUCAUGCAUACACACCACAGCACAUCAUUUAUCACAGCACUGGAGAAAUGUAUGUAGGAGGUUUACAUGCCCGAAAGAAUACAGUUGAUAGAUGCCUAACAGACCCUGGGAAUGGGGACAGGCCAGUUUUAGAGCAAUGUGACACAGCUGUGAAAAAAGGUCUGAACUUGCACUGGGAUUUUAAGCAGGGAUCAGCCAUAAUCAACAGAAGCACUAAAAGAUGCCUCGAAAUCACAGCAGACAGUCCAGCUUCAUACAGACUGGUAAUGCAGACCUGCACAGGACAAAGGUGGAAUAUCCAACACACAGUUAAGGACUGGGGGAAGAGAAAAAAUCUGGAAUAG